AAACAGUUUGUUAGAAAUGGGGCCAUAUCACAACACACUCACUUAAAAUAGAAUUUAUUAUUUAGCAGAUGAAGACACAAACCCACAUUCCAACCAUAGCGGCAUUUUAGUUAAGAUUUAAUCCUCAGCAAAUUCAGAACACUUAAAUUAUGAUCAAGACUACAAUCGAGAGAAAGACUUGAACAUCAAGAUGUGUUUACCGGCUUGUUGUUGUGUUGUUGAGUUUUUACCGUUUAUAUGUUUAGUGACGAUUCCGUUGUAUGGAUCAUUUUGUGGUGUUGAUGUUAUUUUACGUUUAUCUAUUCUAUUAUUGGUUCAUUCGAUUCUCAUCAACUACAUUCCUAAACAAUGGGUAUCUAUUGUUCCAUACAGUCAAAUAUUAUUACUGGUUGUUCUAGCCUAUCUACCUAUAAACAUAGCACCAUGGCCGGUAGUCUGGAUCUAUCGGGUCAUAUUACAUGUUACAGAACCAGUGUUAUUGUGGUUAGAGAUAAUUCUGGUACAGAACUAUAUUAUGAGAUGUAGUCAGAGAGUUAUAGAUGAAUGGGACAGUGAUGAACCAGCUACAAGGGCUUUGUUAAUUGGUUUUUCAUCAGUUUGUUAUGGUAUAACGGCAGCAUUUGGUUGGUCGAUCUACACUGAAUCUUCUAGUAUACACAUCUGGUGUUUAUUGUUUGUUAUAAUUAUAUUCAUCAUGAUACAUAAUAUGAUGGUGAUAGCUCCACAAGGUAUAUUAAGUGAUGCAGCUUUCUGUGGAUUAUGUUCUGUGUUUGUUUUAUAUGCUAUGAUUCAAGAAACUAAUAUAAUACAAAACCCUACAUCAACACCGCCAUCUUGGAACAGGGUUGAAAAAUCUUCUUUUGUGCAGAUUCUACUUUAUAUUUUGAGAUUAAAGAUGGAAUAUGCUGUAGAAGCUAUACAGUUAUUAUCCAAGUUUUUGACUCCAUUUUUUCUGAUCACCAUGGCAAUACGACUAUAUAGUAUAUUAUUUAUCAUGGAUAAAGUCAGUGUAAAUAUUUUACAGGAUGAGGAGGAAGAGGAGUCAUCAUUAAUAUCAGAAGACGAACUGUUAUAUGAUAUAUCAUCAUGGCGAUCACCAUUACUGGUGAAAUUAGCUGUUAUAUUUAUGUUUACGCAACUCAGUGUUCUAUUUUUACUGGAAAUCAGUGGACAGAGGCAAAUUGAUACAAAAUGGCUGCCAUGGUUAAACCAAAUAUGGCCAACACAGAUAUUAUUUGGACGUGUAUCCCAACUUUUUGCAGUUAAUGGAUUUUAUAUGUGGAGACUUUUUUGUGCAGAUGAUUGGACAUGGUCUGAAUGGUUAUAAGAUUCUCAUGUGAAGAUAAACUAGAAUCUCAUUGGUUGUUUUAUAUCAUGUGAUGUGAGAGAUGAAUUUGAAUGGCUGUAAAUACUACUAUUAAGGCCAAAAUAUGAAAUAACUGUGUUUAUGUCUUACGGUUACCCGACCAUAAUCACAGACCCUAAACUCUUUUCUCUCAUUUCCCAGGCCCUAUAACUUGGUCGAGACAUUUUGGUAUUAACUUCACGAGCCUUACGCAGUAAUUAAGCUAGAAAUGCUAGGAAAUAGAAAAUAACAGCGCCACAAGAAAAAAAAAUGAUAAUAAAAACAAAUAGGAAGAUUUUCCUGUUUUUUGGGAGGACAUAAUAAUACUACUAUAAUAAUAUGCUUUUUUAUGGUGCUUUAGUUUAUAGUAGCUGAUUUAAAAUGGGAAUUAGUGCUUUCGAACAUAUUUUGAUAGAAGUUUGAUUUGACAUUAGGCCACAAAUAUUAACGGAUUGUCUUGAAACUUUACACACAUAUUCCUGGUACACUAAGGAUGAUGCCUUUUGUUUUUGGUGCAUUCCAGACACCCAGGGGCAGAGCCAUUUCCAAUUUUUGUGUGUACCACCUGAAGACUACAAUUCUUGAUGGGUCAUCUUAGAGACUUUAUUUAUUACCGUAACAACGGUAGUAAUGACGAUCGAGGCUAGCCUAAAAUAGAAUCACUCAUAUCUCGGUUCAGAGUGAAGCAAUUUGACUGAAAUUUUCAGGAUGUUCUGUUUUCAUUAUCUAUUUUUUAACUAUUAAAGAGACAACUACUGGCAGCUCUAUAGCUAAUCUUACCUAAUGCCCCUACUUCUUCAAAGGGAGAAUGGCACCUACUGAUGUAAAUACAUGCCUGAUCCACAAGGGCAAUGUCACGCCCACUUUGUUUUGGAAUAGUUUAUCUGUAAACACAUUUCAGACUGUAAUUCUUAUGAGAUUUUGUUCAGAUUAGACAUGAUCAUUCAUUUCAACUACAGGUUGCAAUAGUACCUAUUGAUUUUUGUGUAUGUCUGUAAGUAAACAUGCUACAGGUUGUAAUUUUUAACAGGAUGGAGCCUAUUGAUUUUGGUAAAGCCAUUUCAUAUUUUAUUUUCGUCAUUUUAAAAACUACCAUUUCGACCAAAGCAGGAAUGUGUGAACUUCUCAUGCAGUGUUUCAAUUUUUGACAGGAUGGAACCUAUUGAUUUUGGUACAAUUCCAGUGUUGGCCAAGAAAGUUAAUUGUGAUUUUCCGACAUGGUCUCCCCUUGUCAGUGGUGCUGGACAGAGGGCCUGUUAUAAGGACAGCUGACUAGUCGUUCAGAUGAGACGGAAAACCGAGGUUCUGUGUACACAUUGCCAUGCACUAAAAGAUCCCUUGGCAGUUAUAAUUCGAUAUAAGAGUAGGCGAUAGUGCUGCUGUCCGGGCAACAUUUCCCUCAUAGCACACUAUAUGGGAUCUUUUACGUGCACGCCAAUGUGUACACGGGACCUCAGUUUUUCGUCCCAUCCGAACGACUAGACAGCUGUCCUUGUCAGGCCCUCCACCCCCCGAAGAGGAUUUUAAACACUAAUAGAAGAAGUAGAAGUAUUAAUUAAGAGAUAUACAUGUAUAUACAGAUUUAGUUUUUUAUAACUUUUGUUUUGUAAACAUUUUUAUCUUUUUUUGACAGAAAUAAACAUUAUUU